AUGGCGCUUGAGGAUGGAGGCACCAGGGGUUCAGGGGUGUGCGGGGAGAAACGGCUCGUUCAGGGGAACGGCUGGAUAAUUGCCUUUGACGAAUUGCACAUGGAUUUCAAGAACCCCAUUGACCAGGGCAACCCAGCCAGGGCCAGGGAGAGAUUGAAAAACAUCGAACGCAUCUGCUGCCUCUUGAGAAAGCUCGUGGUUCCCGAAUAUUCCAUCCACGGCCUUUUCUGCCUGAUGUUUCUCUGCGCGGCUGAAUGGGUGACUUUAGGACUUAACAUUCCUCUGCUUUUCUACCACUUGUGGAGGUACUUCCACCGCCCAGCGGAUGGCUCAGAGGUGAUGUACGAUGCCGUCUCCAUCAUGAACGCCGACAUCUUAAACUAUUGCCAGAAAGAGUCGUGGUGCAAGCUGGCCUUUUAUCUGUUGUCAUUCUUCUAUUACCUGUACAGUAUGGUUUAUACGCUGGUGAGUUUCUAA